CUCCAUUUCCAUACUAUUUAAAGUCCAUACUUUUGACAACUGUAAAGAUUUUAUAGGUUAACUUCAAAAUCUUUUGCAAUAUUUUUGAAAAAGUGCUUAAAAUGAGUACUUACGAAAUAAGUAAAUCAUCAUUGCUUAGUCUGAAAGCUGAAGUUCUACGUAAACAAGAGGAAAUUAGCAAAGCCAAACUACAAAAUAAGUUUAAAAGACAAAAAGAACCAAAAAAAUUAACCCCUUUGGAAGUAAAAAAUAAGGGUGUGGAACAAAGAGAAAUUCAGGAUUCGCAGGAAGACAUUGACUUGUUACAAAAAUCUAGAACAGUACUAGAACAUAAAGCUCAGCUUUAUGAUAAAUUAUGUAGUUCAGAUAAAACAAUAAGUGGGGAAGAAAAUGAACAUAUUCAAAAAUAUCUGGUGCACUUUGACAAAAAGAAAUAUAGUAAUAAGGAAAGCUCUGAUCAUGAAAGCCAAGAAGAAAAUUUCAAUGAGUCAGUCUAUGAACCUGCUCAAAAUCCAGAUGAAGAAUGGAUAGAAUAUAUAGAUUGUUUAGGAAGAACAAGAACUUGUAUGAAGAAAGAUUUAGAAUUUUUAAAGUCAAAAGAUGAAGAUUUAAGAGCAGCUGUAGAGAAAGACUCUAACAAAGCAGAACAAUUAGUCGAUAGAAAAGAACAGGAAAAUAAAUCAGAAGAUUUGAAACCAUUAGAUGAAAAUAAUGAACUACUCUCAGCAGAUAUGAGAAGAGAAAUUAUGAGGCAACAGUGGGAGAAAGAAGAAGCUGAAUUAGCUAAAAAAGAAAAUAUUCAUUAUCAAGAUGUGUUAUUUAAUGAGGCUAGAACUCAUGGUGUGGGAUAUUAUGCCUUCUCAAAGGAUGAAGAAGAACGUAAAAGACAGCAAGAAGCUUUAAAAAAGUUAAGGCAAGAAACAGAACAGGAACAAAAAAAGGCUCAACAACUUAAACAGCAAAGAGAAAAGCAGUUAAAAGCCAGAAUAAGGGCUGCAGAAAAUAGAAAAAGGGCAAGAUUAGGAUUACCUCCUCUGGAAGAUCAUGAAGAUGAUGAAGAGGAAGGAACACAACAGUUGGAUGAAGAAAAAGAAAAGGAAGAAGAAGAAAAGAAAAGAAAACAAGAGGAAGUUGAGAAAGUAAAAAUUCAGAAAAGUAAAGAAGCUCACAUUAGACCUUGGGACAUUGGGAAGGAAGGUGUUAAAGAACAUUAUGUUUACUCACAAGAAGAAUGGAUAGCAAAAAAGAGAAAAGAACGACCAGACGAAUUCGCUCCUCCUCAACAGUAUAAACGAUCAAAUUUUAGGAGUCUUAACAGUUAUCAAGAUAAUAAGGAAGACGAGAAUAAUAAAAACUUAUACUUUUCGACGAAAAAAGAAGAAAAAGAACAAAGUAAAACUGCCAAACACAAAUGGAAGUCUUCAAAUCCAUACAAGAAUAGUCAAACUAAUGAGGAAGUUGGAGAAAAACAGAUAAUAGAUAAAACAAGUAUAAAUUCAAAUACAGAAUUUCAGGCAUCUUUAAUUGUGAAUGAAUGUAGUGAUAAUGAAGAUGAUAGAUUACUAAAUGAUUAUAAACUAAUUUCUAAUCCUGCAAAGGAGAUGCACAGCAGAGGAAGAGGUGCUGAAAUAGCCCCACCUUCAACUUUUGAAUAUUAUGGACCAAACAGCUCUAAUAAGAAAGCUAAAUGUGAAGAAAAACAAAAUAUUGAAGAAGCAAUAUCUGCAGGACUCAAGUUUUUAAGAAAUCAAUUUGAAAAAAAGAAACCAAAUAAUAGAGAUAAUGAGAUGUUUAUCAUGUAAAUUGUUUAAAGUUUUCCUUUUGUUUUUAAAAGGAAAACUACGAAUUUAAAGAAUAGUUUUUAUAACUGUUUUAUUUAAUUAAAAACAUCAUUGUAUAUAUGCUAGAAAAUAAAAUGUUUGUCCAGAAA